AUGUAUGCAAAAUGUGGGGCUACGGACUUGGCUAGAGAUGUUUUUGAUAAGAUGCCUGACAAAAAUGUGGUCUCAUGGACUUCCAUGAUCACAGGAUAUGGUAUGCAUGGCCAUGUUGAGAAAGCCCUUGAGAUGUUCAUUGACAUGGAGAGGAGAGGUCAAAUGCCUGAUACCGCUACUUUUUUAAGUUGCUUAUCUGCAUGUAAGAAUGCAGGAAAGGUUUUUGAGGGUUGGUGGUGCCUUGAUAUAAUGUGCCGAGUUUACAAGAUUGAGCCUGAGGUGGAGCACUUUGGUUGCAUGUUUCAUCUACUUAGUUGGGUUGGUUUGGUGAAACAUUCAAAAGGGCUUAAGGGGAAGAUGCCUGUGCAGGCAGGGGCUUCCCUGUGGGGAGCUCUGCUUUUUGCAUGUAGGACCUAUUCGAAAUUAGAGCUUGGAGAGAUCAUAGCCAAGCGGCUAAUUGAGUUGGAACCGAUGGAUGUUGCGCUGUAUGUAUUAUUAUCUUACAUAUAUUCGGUGAAAGAGAAGUGGGGUGAAGUAGAAAUUACUAGAAACUUCAUCAAAGAUAGGGAAUUGUCAGAAACAAGUGCAUUACCGCAUCAGAGAACCAUGAUAUACUCUAUGUUGAUGGAGUUGGGCGUUCAGUUAAAACUGUCUUGUGGAGGUUCUUUUGGGGUUUGA